AUGGCUUCCCCCUCGCGCUCCACAUCCACCCCAUCCACCACCACCACCACCUCGUCGAUCCCAACCUCCAAAGAAUUGCGCCAUGCGACCCCCGCCCAACUCCAAGCCGCAGCUUUACAAAGACUACUCAAAGACACCUCCAAACCGGUUCAUAUCCCUUCCGCACCCAAGGAGGGGGUCAAGCAAUUACGUGCGCCGAGGGAGAUGAUGAGGAACGUCCAGGGCAGCUCGGCGGGAGCGGGCAGUGGCGAGUUUGUGAGUGCAUGUGCAUCGGUGCGAGUGUGGUAGAUUCCGCAUGGGACGAUGAGGAGUUGAUCUUUUUUUUUUUGUAUGUCCUCGUCGCAGCACGUGUACAAGGAAUCGAGGAGGAGGGAAUACGAGAGGCUCAAACUGAUGGACGAGGAGGAGGCCUAUGUACGAACCUAUCCUCUAGCCUCACUCGACCGAGCACAAUCCACUCACACCCCCGACCCUCAAUCACAACUCUCCAGAACAAAGCCAAACAAGCCGCCCUGGACCGUCAAGCCACGUACGAAGCCCAAGCCGAGGCCAAAACGGCCAAGAACAGGUUGAAGAGGCAAAAGAAGAAACACGCGCAGAGGACCACAUCCGCUUCAGGUGCUGGGGAGAAAGCGGAUCAAGCUGGGGAAGAAAAGGAUGAUGGGGCCAUGUUGGCGGAUAAGAAGAGAAAACUGGGAUCGAGUGCGGCGGCGAGUGGGGGGGCGUUCACGUUCAAGUCCGCCAAGGAGAGGCAGGACGAGGAUCAGGACGAGGACGAGGAGGAAGGACCGAAGGAUGACGACACACAGCGCAUCGAAACGAUAAAUAACGGUGCCUUCAUCCAGGAUGCUAUCACCGUACCCCAAGUCGCACCGGCCAAAGAAGCAGGCGUCAAGAUUGUCGAUGAUGAUGACUUUUGA